AUGGCUGGAACGCAGGUGGGGCUGCACGGACCAUUCCCGGACCCACAGGUCAGGUCAGGCCCAGACUCGGACUCUGAUUCAGACUCAGAGGGUCUGGGCACGGGCAGUGCUGGGCCAGGCUCAGGCUCCCUGCCCCACUCGCAGGUCAUCCACAGCGGCCACUUCAUGGUCUCCUCGCCGCACAGCGACUCGGUGCCCCGCCGGCGCCACCAUGGUACUGAGCCGGAGCCAGCUGAUCCCCACACCAUCGACCUGACCCUCACUCGGCUCUUCGAGUGCAUGAGCCUGGCCUACAGUGGGAAGCUGGUGUCUCCGAAGUGGAAGAAUUUCAAGGGUCUGAGGCUGCUUUGCCGGGAUAAAAUCCGCCUCAACAAUGCUAUCUGGAGAGCCUGGUACAUCCAAUAUGUGGAGCGGAGGAAGAGCCCCGUGUGUGGGUUUGUGACCCCCCUGGAGGGCUCCGAGGCGGAAGAGCACCGGAAACCCGAGGCUGUCGUGUUGGAGGGGAACUACUGGAAGCGACGUAUCGAGGUGGUGAUGAAGGAGUAUCACAAGUGGAGGAUUUACUACAAGAAGCGGCUUCGAAAGUCCAGCCGGGAGGGUGAGAUCUCCAGCCCGAAGCAGGAUGAGGGUGUGUGGAAGCCAUCGGAGAAAUGGUGCAACCAGCUGUUCUCCAGCGUUGUGCCCAUGCUGCUGGGGGAUGAGAAUGAGGAGGCCGGAGGGCGGCAGCUCUUUGACUUGGACAGCUUCCUCUCGGACAUCUCAGACACACUCUUCACCAUGACGCAGCCCCCCUGCUCCCACCAGACGCUCCCAGAAGACGCCUACACUGGGAACGCCGACAUGAUCCAGCCAGGCCUGACCCCACUGCAGCCAAAUCUCGAUGAUUUUAUGGAAAUCUCAGAUCUCUUCACCGGCCACCGCCCACUGCCUAACCAAAUGCAUCUGAGCUACCAAGAGCAGCCCUGCUUCAUGCCCAUGGCUGACACCCUAUAUGGCAGCAGCAGUGCCCCACCUGCCAGCCAUGCAGACCCACUGAUGGCCUCCAGAGCCCUGCCUGCCAGCUACGUUGAUGCCCCAAUCCCGCCCAAUGGCCACCUACAGUCUACCAGCAACUGCUCCUCCCGGCUCAGCCUGCCUGGCUCCUUCCUCAGCCCUGAUUUCCAGCCAGCCCCGCGGCCCGUGGACCCCCGCAGCGGCCUGUGCUCUGACCUCAAGCACAAGCCCCCGCUCCAUUAUGGGCUCCCCAGCAAGAGUCUCAGCAUGGAGCCCUUCGGCCCUUCCUACUGCACCCCAGCAGCCCCCCCAGGAGCCUUCCUGCUGGGCCAGGACCCCCUGAACCCACCGGCUUCAGCACCGAGAUCCAAAUUCCAUUACUCCGGUUCCAUUAGUGGCUCUUCACUCUGCACACCGUGCUUUACCCAGCACGCACCAGGCUUGAGCUACAGCGUGGACCUUCUGCCAACAGCAUACCCUGCUCUGUCCAGUGCCCAGACCCUGCCCCCAGUGAUGCUGAGCGGCCCCAGGUUUGCCACCCCUAAAGAGCAGUCGCCGCCUGGGGGCAGCAGGCCAAUGGUGAAGCCAGCCAGCCCCAAGACAAAGAGACCCAUGGGACUCCCUGUGCCCACUCGUGUGGCUGUGCCCAACCCCUGCCUGACCCAGCUCCUGACUGCAGCUAAACCAGAGCUGGCCCUGGACCCUCCGUCCACUCCCAGUACCACCCUCAUCCCCACGUCGCCAGCCUCCCCGGCAGGGGGCCUUGCUGAAGUCUCCUCUGGCUUCCUGCCCCGCAUGGCCCAGCUGAGUCCAGGGCUGUCUCCUGGCUCCAGCCCUUCGCAGUCUGUCCCCAUCACACUGGCUGUGGCACAGCCGGGAUCCCUGCUUGUUCCCAAGACGGAGCAGCUCUCCCCCCCGUCGGCCUGUGCCAGUGACUGGCUGAAGCCUGGACGAGUCUCCCCGGUGCCGGUUGGGGUGCUGACUGCCGGGAUCUCGCUGCAUCACUCCACCCCCAGCCGGGGUAGGCUGGAGUCCAGCAAGACAGAGAGCCGCCGCAUCACGCACAUCUCCGCCGAGCAGAAGAGACGCUUCAACAUCAAGCUGGGCUUUGACACCCUGCACGGGCUGGUGAGCACUCUGAGUGCCCAGCCCAGCAUCAAGGUCAGCAAGGCCACCACACUGCAGAAGACAGCAGAGUACAUCUGCAAGUUGCAGCAGGAGAGGGGCGCCCUGCAGGACGAGGCGCAGCAGCUGCGGGAGCAGAUCGAGGAGCUCAAUGCAACCAUCAACCUGUGCCAGCAGCAGCUGCCCGCCACAGGAGUGCCCAUCACCCGCCAGCGCUUCGACCAGAUGCGUGACAUGUUUGACGAGUACGUCCGCUCCUGCACGCUGCAGAACUGGAAGUUCUGGGUUUUCAGCAUCAUCAUCCGGCCUCUGUUUGAAUCCUUCAAUGGCAUGGUCUCCACAGCCAGCAUGGACAGCCUCAGCCAGACGUCACUAGCCUGGCUGGACCAGUAUUGCUCCCUCCCAGCACUUCGGCCUACUGUCCUGAGCUCUCUCCGCCAGCUGAGCAUUUCCACCUCUAUCCUGACCAACCCAGCCUGCGUACCCGAGCAGGCCACCCAGGCAGUGAUGGGGACAGACCCCAGCAACAACUCCUCCUAG